UAUCGUGAGGCGGCCCGGCUGCGAGGGCACCGGGGGGUGGCAGCGGGGGCUCGGCUGAGGGGGGAGCUGCGGGUGCGGGGCCGGGCCGGGCCGUUCCCGGAGCCGUUCCCGGAGCCGAGCCGUGCCGUGCCCUGAGCCGUCUCCGGAGCCGUGCCGAGCCGUGCCCGGAGCCACCUCCCCGUCCCCGCCCGCCGGAGCCGCGCCCGGGCCGUUGGCGUGAGGGGCGCGUCCCGGCCCGGGACAGGUGGUGGCGGCGCGGAGCCCCGCGGUGCCGUGCGCCGAGCAUGGAGCUCCGCUUCGCCCCCGUCAACGUCCCCCUGCAGAGGAGGAUCCAGACGGUCGCGGUGCUGCAGUGGAUCUUCUCGUUCCUGCUGCUGGCACAGUUUUGCUGUGGAUUCUUUGUGAUCUUGAUUUUGGGCAACUUCUGGUUCCUUGCUGUUCUGUACCUUCUGUGGCUCUACCUCGACUGGGAAACACCAUGCGCUGGGGGCAGACGGUCCCAGUGGGUCAGGAGCUGGACUGUCUGGAAGUACUUCAGGGAAUACUUCCCCAUUCAACUUAUAAAAACUUCAGAUUUAAAUCCAAAUCACAACUACUUACUUGGCUUUCACCCUCAUGGGGUCCUGGUAGCUGGAGCCUUUGGAAACUUUUGCACUGGCCCAAGUUUCAAAAAUUUAUUUCCUGGGCUUACUCCGUAUCUUCAUAUUAUGCCCAUCUGGUUCAGCUGUCCCUUCUUCAGAGAAUACAUAAUGAGUGCUGGAAUGGUUUCUGCCUCCAAGGAGAGCGUCUCGUACGUGCUGAAUAAUGAAGGAGGUGGCCAUGCGUCCAUCAUUGUGAUCGGAGGAGCCGAGGAAUCCCUGAAUGCACAUCCUGGAAGUUUGACUUUGAACAUCCUCAAGAGGAAAGGCUUUAUUAAAAUGGCCUUGAAACAUGGGGCUCAUUUGGUCCCGGUGUUUUCCUUUGGCGAAAAUGAGCUGUUCAAGCAAGUUGCAAACCCCAAAGGUUCAUGGCUCAGAAAUGUACAGGAGAAGCUGCAAAAGAUAAUGGGCUUUGCUUUACCAUUGUUUCAUGCUAGAGGAAUAUUUCAAUACAGUUUUGGCUUAAUACCCUUCAGACAACCUAUUCAUACUGUUGUGGGAAGCCCCAUCCCUGUAAAACGGAACUUGAAUCCCACCACUGAAGAGAUUGAACAGCUACAUGCGAUAUAUCUACAGGAACUAAGAAAAUUGUUUGAAGAACAUAAAGGAAAUUAUGGGAUCCCUGAGCAUAAAACUCUUAUCUUUGAGUAGUAAACCACAAUCUGUAAUUCUAAAUCUCAUGGAAAAAAAUAUUGUAUGCCGAAAGAGUUUUCUUGCAAUCUGUAUUUUGCAAUCUGUAAUUAUCCUUGUGUAAGGAAUAAUUUUAAGAAGGGAUUAUUAAAUAGUUUAUUGAUCUUUAUUUUAUGGAUACAAAAAAAGCAUCUUUAGGGUGCGAGCCUCGAAGCCAGUGCUGUUUCGAGUUGUCCUUUUAGGUUCAUCUGUACUAGAAAUGCCAGUGAGAGACUCAACCCUGACGUUCUUACUACCACGGUACUUUACCAUAGCUUGAGCAGAGGAAAUUGCCCCAGCAUGAGAGCAAGAGCAGGAAAAGUGUAUAUACCACAGAGGUCUGUCGUUAGACAUUGGGACUAUAACCAACAUGUAUCAAACGCAAGUUGUCCUCUUAAUGUUAAAAAAAAAAAAAACCACACCCUGCUGCUCUUCCAAACAAAGUUGUAUAUUUUCAGUAGAUGGCUAUUACAAGCCAUUUGCAUGUGAAAUCACGAAUAAAUAAGAGUUUUCUGCCCUGAACAGGAUAUCAGCAAAAUUAAUUUGUCCAACUAUUAGAGCAGACCAAACGCUGUUUGCAGGAAGAACAGAGUGUUGGGUUAUUCUGUGCGCAUGUAUGUGCUGGGUGGUGGGAAGCACUGAAUAAUGUGACUUUUUUGGACAAGCUGUACUUUGGAUCAUCGGUUUGUAAGAUGAAUCAGCUUUGUUCGGUAGUUUUAGUCUCAAAGGAGAUGGCAGGCACAGGACAGAAGUAUAGCAAGGAAGCUAGUGUGGGAAUCCUGUGAAUUUCACCUCUUCUGCAAAUAAAAAGUUAUCAUAUGCCAAGCACUUCCACACAAGGAAGGGGAGCCCAAUUUGUUCUGUCUAGUUCCGAAAUUUUACCAAGGAAAGUGUACUUGAUUUAUCUCUUCUUCCCCACAGAUAGAUGUGGGGAAGUACGUGGAAAGCAGUGCCUUGGAGUGACAGCUAUAACUGCCAAAGCAGUGGGAGGACAGCUGCAGGGUGCGGCAGGUUAAGAGGAUGCUUGGUGUACAAACCAGCUGCCUAGAUUUGAGAGGUUUAUCUUAAAUGUGGAUAUCCAUCUAAGAGAAGAAGAAAAAAUAUCUUAGCCAAACUCUUUUUCAAUUAAAGUGCCUAGGUUUCUGAGAUGGUUUGUAAAGAGAAUUAUAGUAUAAAUAUAUAUAUAUUUAAAUGAAAUUCUUGUAUUUGUAAAUGCUUUUCAUCUGUGUGUGGACUUAGCAGACCUGGUUUUACUGAAGUGUUUGGUUUGCUGUAAGCAGUUUUUGCUCAUUGGGCAGCAUGGGGCAUCUGCAGCUGGGCUGGCUCAGCACAGGUGUGCUCUGGGAAUGGUGGGGCUGGCUCCAUAAACACAGUUACAUUGGACACAUCUGAUUCUCCUCAGGAGAAACGCAGUUGGCAUUUUGGGAAAAGUUAAACCUUUGAAAAGAAAAGAUCUUAGCAGAAUUAAGGUCUUCAAGGAAAAGGGUCAAAAUAUUUUGACUCCUGAGGAGUGGAUUCCUUAUGAACCAAAGCCCCAAAACUGUGUAGCUAUUGCCAGACAGACCAGAUGUAUGUUGGUCUGGAGUUCUAGAAAACCUCCAGCAGCAGAUUGAUUUCCUUAGGAGGGCCGAUGUAUACCUUCUGGUAUAUAGCAGUCAUUCAGAGGUGACCAGCCAGUGAAUCCUGCUCUCACUUUCUUUAGGACUACAGAUGUCUCUCUGGGAGCCAGGAUGAGAGCUGGAAUUCUUGCCGUUGCCUUCCCAAUGCUUUUGGUGCCUGAUGAUCACUGUGGUGUAGACAUAUUACUUCUUCCUGCUUUGUCCAUCUCUCCCUGGGUUAAGAUCUCUGAAGAACUGUGUAUGCAUACAAAAGAAUGAAUAUUGGCUUAUCAUUCAGGAGAAACAGGGGACUUACGAGCAGAGCUUGAGAAGAGGAAGCACUGUGAGUGUGCAUGUUUAACAUGAACUUAAGAUCAGGACUGUUUCAGCUCUUGGAAGGGCAUGUGUCUAGGGAAGUCAAACAUGGCAGGUUUGAUACCUGGGAAGAGGUCUCCAGCAUCCUGAAUGCUGUAGUAAGUGAUGAGCCCUGAAUAGUCACUGACCCAUUUUGGCUUAGCCAGCUAUGUGAAAUUUCCUUUGGUUUUGUUUUUUGCUGCCUGUCCUGAUGAGGAGUGCUGAUACAGUCAUGAAAGAAGAAUUUGGAGUCUGUGUCAGGCUUCCGUCCUAGAUCAUCUGCUCUAGUGAGAUAUUUCCUCUCAUUUUCAACCUGCUCUUUUCCUAAUACAUCCUGAGCUUCUAUAUCAUUAAGGUAAAUUUGAAAACAUUAGCAUUGGGAUGAGGGUGGGAAGUGUUUGGGUUGUAAUAAAAUCAAUUUAGCUAAAAAUUCUGAGGAAUAUAAAGAUACUGAUUUGGGGGCAAUACCUGGUCCAGAGGGUACUCCACAAAUAGGCUUACUUCUGAAUUCCAUGAGAAAAUUAUUUGUGGGCUCUGAAUAUCAUUCAUAACUGGCAUAGUUAGAACAAGUACGGAUUGUGUUACUGUGACUACUAGCAUUUGUUAUGCUUUAUAACACAGGAAGAUGGAGGAAAAAAGAAGUCUUUGAGCAAUAUAAGUAUAUAUUCUUGCUCAAUAACUACUGCAUAUUGCCUGUGAUGGUCCUUACAAACUACCUUUUAUUAAAUUUUCCAUAUGUCUAGGACUAUUUUAAAAUAGAAUAUCAAUCUCUAAUAGGCAUGCUGUCUUCUAAAAUAUUUACCUCUGUGUUAGUAUUUGCAUUUGUAAAACAGCCCUGCUUGAACACCAGGUUGGUUCAGAGCAACCUGGAAACUGUAGAUCUGUUGUGAAUAGCUUCACCUGCUGCAGCCAUAGGGAGGCUUCCCACAUUCAUCAGAAUAUCAUUGUAGUUUCCAGUUGCAGUUCAUGCUUGACAAAGCAAGAGCAGGCAGCUAGUAGCAAUGGUGACGAACCCCUGCCCCAUCUGUGAUCAGAAGAUCAGGUAGUGCUCAGAUUUUUGGUGGGAUGCCCACACUUACUGUGACCUGCAUUGUGGUGUGUUACUCUUAGUGCCUUUUAAUGAGAUGGGUAAUCCCAGGGAUGCUAGUCAUCUAUUAAAAAGAUAGAUGCUCUGCAUUUUUACCAUGCAAAUACUGCUUCUCUGAUGUGCUCAAGCUGGCAAUGCCUGCCUGUUGCCUUGUGAGUGAACAUCUCUACCAAAUUCGAUUCACAAAAAGUCUUUAAGCAUCAGUCCUUAAGAUUUUUUACUUUCUGAACUACAAAGCAUAUUUUACACUCUUUGUAACUCUGUAUGGCACCAGAAAAAUAUGAAUGUCAGUUGUAUCAAUGAUAGAUGUGGCAAGAUGGUGUGAGAUAAUAAAAGUUUGUA